AUGGCCGACAAAAUGGACAUGUCCCUGGACGACAUCAUUAAGCUGAACCGGAGCCAGCGAGGCGGCCGCGGCGGGGGCCGGGGUCGAGGACGGGCCGGCUCCCAGGGAGGCCGCGGCGGAGCUCAGGCUGCUGCACGAGUGACCCGGGGCGGCGGGCCCAUCCGGAACCGGGCGGCGCUAGCUCGCGGUGCGGCGGGCGGCGGCGGCAGGAACCGGCCGGCGCCCUACAGCAGGCCGAAACAACUUCCUGACAAGUGGCAACAUGACCUUUUCGACAGCGGCUUUGGGGGAGGUGCCGGUGUGGAGACCGGCGGGAAGCUGCUGGUGUCCAAUCUAGAUUUUGGAGUGUCCGACGCUGAUAUUCAGGAGCUCUUCGCUGAGUUUGGGACGCUGAAGAAGGCAGCUGUGCACUACGACCGCUCCGGCCGCAGCCUGGGCACUGCCGACGUGCACUUCGAACGGAAGGCAGAUGCCCUGAAAGCCAUGAAACAGUACAACGGCGUCCCUUUGGAUGGGCGCCCCAUGAACAUCCAGCUCGUCACGUCACAGAUCGACACACAGCGCAGACCGGCACAGAGCGUAAACAGAGGCGGGAUGAUCAGAAACCGUGGCUCCGGAGGUUUUGGCGGCGGCGGCACUCGGAGAGGCGCCCGGGGAGGCAGCCGGGGCAGAGGCAGGGGCACUGGCCGAAGUCCGAAGCAGCAGAUCUCUGCAGAGGAGUUGGACGCCCAGCUGGACGCUUACAACGCCAGGAUGGACACCAGUUAGAGCGCCGGCCAGUCCGAGUGGAGCUGGGCCCAGACGUCGCAUCCUGCGCCCGCGGGCAGGGGUGGAGGGGUCGGGCCGUGUGGCCAGUGAUGGAUUUGUUUUUUCUGUUUCAAAAUAGGAUUUAAAUUUCAUGUAAAGGUUUUUCUUUUUUUUUCCUUUCUUUUUUUUUUUUUAAUUCUGAAACAGACCUGUUUUGUACUGAGUUAUUUUUGGGAUAAACUUUGCUGGUUGCUGUUGUGGGGGAGGUGGCCUGCUCACCUCCGCCAUAAUAAACAGACGCGUGUGUAGAACUGGA